AUGUCAAGUUCAGCGCAGCCAAAAAAUGAAAAUUGGUGCAUUUACAGUGAUCUUAAGCCAAUUAAAGUAUUCGAGUACUCAGAUCAAGCAUCAAAAAUCAUUUGGGCGGUCAAUCCCAAUAAUAUUUUACAAACAUCUUCACAAAUUAUAGAAUUAAUAACAGCUUACAAAAUAACUAUCCAAAUGGCACUUUAUUUGAUUGAUAUUAUUUCACAAGUUCGUGUUAAAGAUAUUAAAUUAUUCACAGAACUUUACCAAAAGAUAUUAAACGAAUUUUCAUGCAUCAUCAAACCGGAAAAUGAGAAAUUAGUGACGUUAUUAUAUUAUAGAGGUUUCAAAUUUGAAAACUUUGAACCUGAAAUGAAAGAAGAAGAAAUUCUGAAUUUGUAUUCAACAGAAUCUCCAUUAUACUAUAUUGCAUGGGAUAAAAUUGAUGAUCUUAAGAGUAAAUUCCCAAACCUUGAUAUUAAUCAGGAGAGUAAUAAAAUCACACCACUUGAUUGUUCAAUUAAAUAUGGUUCAGAGUUGUGUUUCAAUUACUUGAAAAAUUUAGGAGCUCAAUACACUAAUAAAUCCGAAAAAUAUGCUGUUCAAGGCGGAAAUAAAAACAUUUUUAUGGAAAUGAUAGAAGAAGGUAAAUCAUUUGAUAACAUGAUUAAUACAGCAUUGGAUUAUCGACACUAUGAAAUUGCUGAAUACCUUAAAACAAAUUUUGAACAAACUCCUAAUUCAAUAGCUGAAAGUAUGUAUUUCGGAAAUUAUGAUAUUGCAUCUUAUUUACUUACUAAUGGAGGAAAUAUCAACAGUAUUUAUAAUCAAUUUCUUUCAAUAUUUAUCAAUGUUUUAUUGGAUUCUCUUUCUCUUAAUAUUUAUCAAUGUUUUAUGAAAUUCUCUCGAUAUUAA